AUGGCGGCAUCACUGUUCACUUUCUCCUCCACUUCAAGAAGAGUCAUCCCAGCUCCAAACUCUCAUCCUCUUCCCAUAUACAUCAAAGCCACAAAUGUUGUUUUCAACCCUGAUAUACCAGAUGUUCAUUGCGUAUGUGAGUUCUACUACACCGCAACGGUUAAUGAUGAAAACAACGUCAUCUCCGGGACUAUUGGGCGUGGCCGACACUCAGUUUUUAUCACCGCUGAUCUCCUCAGUGUUGCACUCAGGUUACCAAUUUUUGAACCAUUCUCUAAGCUUCAAACUAUUGAACGUUGUCGACGCCUCUUUGAUCAACUGGGCUAUGAUCACUCAAAGGCUGGUGCUCGAUCAGCUCUCAUUCUGCAUCAAUGUAUGACUCCAGGAUGGAAGUUCUUCACCGGGGCACUGUGCAAAUGUGUGGGUCACAAAUCUCGCAGUGGUGAUCAACUGAGUACUUAUGAGCAACAAGUUGUCUGUUCCCUUCUCUCAACAAACGUCUUGAUUAUGGGGCUUUCUUCUUUGAUCAGCUUGUCCAACUUCUUCGUGCCAAUGUACGCGCUGAUCAUGUCCCCUUUCCACGCUGGAUUGCUCUUGUCCUAG